CAUAUACGUGCAUGCUGAUCUCCAUGGAGCCACAAGCUGUGUGAUCAAGAACCCAACAGGUGAACCGAUCCCCCCGCGGACCCUGACGGAGGCAGGCACGAUGGCGUUGUGUUACAGCGCUGCCUGGGAUGCCCGUGUCGUCACCAGUGCUUGGUGGGUCUUCCACCACCAGGUUUCUAAAACUGCACCUACAGGAGAAUACCUCACCACUGGGAGCUUCAUGAUUCGAGGGAAGAAGAACUUUCUUCCUCCUUCAUAUCUGAUGAUGGGGUUUAGCUUCUUGUUUAAGGUGGAUGAAAGCUGUGUCUGGAGACACCGAGAAGAAAGGAAGGUCAAAGUGCAGGAUGAGGAUCUGGAAACAGUCUCCAGCAGCGCCAGCGAACUGGUGUCCGAAGAAGUGGAGCUAUUAGAAGGAGGAGACAGCAGCAGCGAAGAGGAAAAAGCAGAGUGUCAGGAGGCACCAGAGGAUGUGGAAGCCGCGUCUGAGAGUAAUCGCGAUGAGGGUGUUGCUGACCCUGACCAGGGCACAGUAAACGCACCCGCUGUGCCAGAGGGUGUCUCGGAAGAGGACAAUGGAGAAUCUGAAGAUGAAGUGGAAGAUCCAGAGUCGAAGAGUGAAGUGAAGGAGGAAGAGAUAAAUUACCCAGAUACAACGAUCGACCUGUCGCACCUUCAGUCGCAAAGAUCCCUGCAGAAAAUGGUCCCCAAAGAGGAAGGACCCAACUUGAGCGACAGCAAGUCCCAGGGGCGAAGGCAUCUCUCUGCCAAGGAGAGAAGAGAAAUGAAGAAAAAGAAGCAGCAAAAUGACUCUGAGAACUUGGAGCCACCUGAGGAGAAGCAGAAAGAGACGGAGACGCAGCGUCCCCCUGCGCCCAACGCCAAUAAGGGUGUGCCGGCCCCGCAGCCCAUCAAGCGGGGCCAGAAGAGUAAAAUGAAGAAGAUGAAGGAGAAGUACAAAGACCAGGAUGAAGAGGACCGGGAGCUCAUCAUGAAGCUGCUGGGGUCUGCAGGGUCGAACAAGGAGGAGAAAGGGAAAAAAGGGAAAAAGGGGAAGACGAAAGAAGAGCCAGCAAAGAAGCCACAGCAGAAACCCAAGGCUGCGCAUCGGGGUGCUGGAGGGGGCAAGGAGACGCUACCAGCAGGAGUCCUGCUGCACGAGUCGCAGGACCCGGCCUUGGAAGAGCAGCAGGACGAGAAGGAGGAGCAGGACCAGGAUCAGCCGGGAGUUGAGGAAGGAGAGGCCUUGCUGGACUCGCUGACGGGCCAGCCGCACCCCGAGGACGUGCUGCUCUUCGCCGUGCCCAUCUGCGCGCCCUACACGGCGAUGACAAACUACAAGUAUAAAGUCAAGCUCACUCCAGGCACCCAAAAGAAAGGAAAAGCCGCAAAGAUUGCCUUGCAUAAUUUCAUGCAAUCUAAAGAAGCUACUGCAAGAGAAAAAGACCUGUUUCGCAGUGUGAAGGAUACUGACUUGUCAAGAAAUAUUCCUGGUAAAGUGAAAGUGUCGGCACCUAAUCUCCUGAACAGGAAAAAGAAGUGAGUCGAUACUUGUAUUUCUUGUCACCAACUACCACCACUGCUCAGUCCGAGUCCAGCUGCCUCCAGAUGAGGAUGACAAACCAACCUGGACAGCCGGCAAUGUGACUGACCUGAGUCUCCAUGUUAGCAGGCAGAUGUGGACCAGUUCCUGCUUCUUGGUUUAGAUGGACUCUAACAGCUCACUUGGUCCAAAUAGCGUAGAAACAUGCAAGUAAAUUACUGGCAUUUGGUCAGUGACGUGAUCUCAA